AGAAGACGUGUAAGUAAGGCUCUUUAUAUCAAUAAGUAUUUAUUUAUAAUUAAUUUAACGAAAAUAGAUUAAGUUUGAUAAUUUCGCGGUGAAAUUUGAAUUGGAUGAGUGAACUUAGGUGCAGAUUGUUAUCUUGUAAAAUUAAAAGAUAAAGUUAGGUUAUGUUUACUUUCCUCUAAGUCUUAAUUGUGGUAAAUUCAAUUAAAAAUAGCUCCCCACAGGCGAUACGAAUUUAUGGAGUCAUUAACGGGGUUUGAUAUGCGGUUUAGACGAAAGUUUAUGUUCCUUGUAUGUUUUUCGGUGCUUUUUUCGUUCUUCGCUAUUUGGAAGUUACACGAAAUCCAUAUAGGUAGACUUGGAAGAAACACUCUCCAAUUUAAGCAGGAAUUAAAUUUAAAUUAUUCUUCCGUAGACUUAAAAGAUAUACAAUGUAACAAAAUUGUCGAACAAAAUCGCGAUUUACUCGAAACAUCCCAUAAAGAACUUACAUUAGUCGAGCGAUUAUACAAGGAAAAUAUCAACAAAAGUCUUCCAACUAUUUAUGCAAUCACACCUACAUAUUAUCGGUAUGUUCAAAAAGCUGAGCUUACACGUUUAUCUCAAACUUUACGAUUAGUAAGUAAUUUACAUUGGAUUAUUGUUGAGGAUAGUGAGGUUAAAACCGAUCUUGUUACGAAUUUAUUAAACGAAUCCCAUUUAGUUUUUACUCAUCUUGCUGCAAAAACACCACCAUUUGAAAAAUUAAAAGCAAAAGAUCCAAGAUGGAAAAGGCAUCGAGGUAUUGAACAGAGAAAUGCUGGAUUAAAUUGGUUAAGAGAAAAUCUUGUUUUGAAAGGAGAUAAAGGUAUUGUUUAUUUCAUGGAUGAUGAUAACACUUAUAGUGUUAAACUUUUUGAGGAGAUGCGAAAAAUUAAAAAAGUAGGUAUUUGGCCGGUUGGAUUAGUUGGUGGGUUCAAUGCGGAAGCACCAAUAGUUGAUAGAUUAACUGGAAAAGUAACAGGUUAUCAAAGUGGAUGGAAACCCAAUAGAACAUUUGCUAUUGAUAUGGCUGGUUUUGGGAUUAGUUUAGAUUUAAUUUUAUCUAAUCCCAAUGCGGAAUUUUCAUAUAAAAUGGCUAAGGGUUGCCAGGAAAGUGAAUUUUUAAGUUUUUUCAUAACCAAAGAAGAUUUAGAACCUCUUGCUGAUAAUUGCACGAAGGUUUAUGUUUGGCACACUCGAACCGAAACCCCUAAAAUAGCUGCUAACAUUCCUGGCCUUGAAGUUUAAAAUCAAAUUACUUUUUAUCCUCUCUAUUGUGAUUAACUUAUUUCAUUAUGAUUUUUACCAUACUCAAAAGAAUAAUGGAUCAAAAUAAUUUAAUAUUUACAAUUUUUAGUUUUGUGAUAUAUUAAUUAAGUUAUACUUGUCUUU